GACAUUUUGAUUUGUUUCUUUCCUUUUGGAAUCCCGAAAGUCACAUGAUACAUGCCGUGGACUCCGAUAUCGUACUACAUACUACACGCACGCAAAUAAUCACCAUUGACCCUGGCCCAGACACCUUUCACGUCCGACCUGUACGCUGAAACAUGAGUCGCGACACCAGCACAACAGCUCUCGAUACAUACGCCGUCCUUGUGACCGGAGCCAACAGUGGAGUUGGCUUCGCCAUCUGCUGCCGCCUCAUUGAUGAAUACCUACAAAGAAACCUCCCCCAUCUUGUAGCGACGAGAUUCGUCCUCAUAGUCACGACCCGCAACCAGCGCAAAGGCAGCGACACCUCCCAGAAGCUUCGUCAACACAUUAACAAUUUAUGUGCGAAAGAAGAGAGACGAUUCCCUGGCAUCACGGAAUUAUGGCAACCAAGGGUCGAGGUUAGGGCAGAAAUUCUGGACCUGACUUCAAUUGUGUCCGUACAAGGCCUAGCUGAGAAAAUGCUAUCAGACAGAAGUACUACUGGCCUGCAAAAGUUAGAUGCAAUAAUAUGUAAUGCUGGGAUCGGUGGUUGGACUGGUGUCAAUUACCCCAAGGCCAUAUGGAACAUACUGACCAAUUGGGUGGACUCUGUCUCUUACCCUUCUUUCAAGACUGCUGGAAUUGGAUGGGUUACCCGAUCACAGGUUGUCUCGGAAGAGUCUCGGGGACAAAAGUCAUCUCCAUUGAAGGUUGAUACUGAACCUCCCCUUGGCGAAGUCUUCUGUGCAAACGUGUUCGGUCAUUACUUGCUUGGCUAUUACCUCGGACCUCUUCUGUCGACGCCAUCUAGACAUCAUCCGGCUCGAAUCAUCUGGAUGUCAAGUCUGGAAGCAUAUGCUGAUCAAUUCCACCUUGAAGACUUCCAAGGUCUGAAAACGAAGUGGGCUUACGAAUCAUCUAAAAGAUUGACAGAUGUCUUGGCGCUCACGUCCGAAAUGCCAUCUGUUUCUCGCUGGAUUGAUAGCUACACAAGCUCGCCUAACGCUUCACAGACAAUGUCUAAAGCUGAUUCACGAACCACGCGGCCAUGUCUUGUUCGUCCUAAGCAGUACCUCGCUCACCCAGGAAUAUGCGCGACUGGUAUUCUGCCAGUGCCUUGGUGGCUCGAAUGGGCCAUGACACUGGCACUCCACGCCGCACGCUGGAUGGGCUCUCCGUGGCAUCCAGUCGUUGCCUAUCUCGGAGCCGUUGCUCCUGUCUGGCUAGCUAUGGCAUCUGCCACCAGCCUUGAGGCUAUGGAGGAGACAGAAGGGAAAGGCAAAUGGGGCAGUGGAACAGACCCAAAUGGUAGCGAAUGUGUACGGCGCAUGUGGGUUCAUGGCUGGGGCUGGGGUGGCAAAGAACAGGAAAAGGUGCUGCCAGGGAGACGUAAGGGUACCGAAUAUGCCACGGCGCAAGACAGAGAGGCUUUUGAAGAACUAGGCAUCGCAUGCUGGAAAGAGAUGGAGGCAUUGCGACAAGAGUGGCACCGGCUUUUGUUCGAAUGACUAUUCCAAAGAACGCCGAGAAUGUUGUACAGCACCUUUUUUUAAUCUGCUUUGCUGUGAUACCCAAUCUAUCGAGCCUACAUCAAUGUUCAGUGUUAUAUUCAAGGUAGAAAUUAGAGACAAUGGCAAGCGAUUCUUCAAAGGGGAG